CAGAGGGAAGAGCAAGAGAAAGCUGCGGAGCCCGCUCCUGCGAAGGACGCCGACAAAGCCAGCCGCGCGGGACGCCGCCCGAGUCAAAGUGCCUUGUCCAGCCGCAGCGCUCGAAGAGCAGCCAAAAGUCCUCCAAAGACAGAUGCACCAAAGGAGAAUAAACAUCCGUUUGCUCUGUAUGGGUGGGGAGAAAGACAGACAGAUACCGGAAGCCAGAAAACUCACAAUGUCUGUGCUUCUGCCUCAGCCAAUGAAAUUCACGAGUCUGCCCUGCGAGCGAAGAGCAGGAGGCAGGUGGAGAGGAGGAAGCUUUCUCAGAGGCGGGUACGCUCGGCUGAGGCGGAGAAAUCUUGGCGAGUGAAGCCCUCCCCAGCAGAUAACCCCUGGAUGACAGAGUACAUGAGGUGCUACUCGGCGAGGGCUCGGUGAAUCUCCAUCCCCUUAGGCACCUUCAAAGGAAGCUACACAUAUCAGGACACUGGUGCAAGGAACCAAACUACUUAUGCAAGGUUUUUAUAGGGAGUUUCCAGCUGUUAAAAUAUUUGUUACAAUGUUUUUAUCUUGGCUACCUACCUCACAGUGGGGUGUAUUGUUGGAGCCAUAACAUUUGAAGAGGCUUUUAGAUAUAGCUACCCAAUCUUUUAAGCAAUUCCCCUUUUGGGAACUUUUCUAA